AUGCAAAUCAAUCACCCCUCCGUCUUAACACUCGCGCUUAUUUUGGCUGUCGCUCAUUCAACUACAUCCCACCCUAUCCGAACUAGCAAAUGGGUCAAAACAGAACAAUUCCCAGAUUCCAACGCCCAAGGAAUAUGGAAGGUCUUUGAGAAAGAGGCAUACGAUCUAUUACCCGACCCACCAUAUGUCAAAUACAACGGGAACCCAGCAUGGCCUCACAGCCAAACCAACAAACCGGCAGAGCGAGACACACAAAACAAUCGCUAUAAAACUGGAACUUCCGAAUCUGGGAAACCAACAGUCUCAAUCCUGAUCCCAGCAUCCCCAGGAAUACCCGAGCCAAUGCACAAUCCCUACCACCAACAAACGAGGGGGAAGCAACAAAAUCACUCCCCGGAAGACAAGGAGAGCCCAAUCAAUUCACCGGCUGCCCAGAGACAAGGUCAUUACAACGAUAUUCUACAAUACCUGCGCACAAAACACGCCCCAAACAAUGAGCGCCAACACACCACGCCUACACCUUUCUCCCACUCCUCAUCGGGCCAUUCAAUCUCGCCUUUCGCAUACCGCUUCUCUUUCACGACCCUAAAAUCAAAAGCCAUGACGUUCCCGCGGUAUGCUCUUCCGGAAGUUUUUACGACAGUGAUUAUUCUCCUAGUGAUGGUUUGGAUAGCUAUUUUCACCAUCGGGUUGCUUGAAUUGGGGAGAUAUCUUUGGAGACGGAGGAGAGUGUCUUUGGAUAGGGUGAGUGCUCAGCGUCUGCAUGGUCAGGAUCCAGAUGUGGAUUUGGAUGAGACGAUGAAGGUGCCCCUGAGGAUAGUUAUUGCUCCUUCAGAAAGCACCCGACCGCACUUUGCGAGAGGACAUGGGUAUGAAUUCCUAGAGUCCGUUCCUAGUGAUUACGACUCCGACUCGGGCUCGGAAUCUGAUGAGGAUGAUUAUCGCAUCUUUUGA